AAAAAAGGAAGAAAAAUUUGGCAGUGGAAACAAUCAUAGUCAGUGGGAUUUGGGAUCACAAAGCAUUUGCUCAUAGAGAAGUUAAAAAUAAAAAAAUAAAAAAAUCCCACAUUUUGAUCAUCUAAAACAUGCGCUAAGAAAAAAAAGCUCUCUAGCUCUAUGCGCUAUAGCUCAGUCGUUAGACGGCUCCUCUCCUAGAGUGGAAAGCAAGCUAUACAAUCUAGAAGAGGGAAGCGUUGCCUUUUUUGCCAAGCUCCUACUGCUGGUCGUUGUCCUGGGAAGAGAAUCUUGAUCUUCCGUCCGGCUGGAGAAAUCAGCUGGGAAAGUUGUGGUCGCGGUCCCGUUGGAAAGUCUGGAACUUCGACUGCUUUUGCGCUCGACUUCUAGCUUUGCUCCAGAAAGCCAUGACGGAUUUGCUGAGCUUGUGCAAGAGCUCCGCCCAGGCCGACAAUGCCAAGGCCCUGGCUGCUUCCAAAAGCCACAGCGAAGCUGAGAGGCGGCGGCGGGAGCGGAUCAACAAGCACCUGUCCACCUUGCGAACGCUGCUCCCCAACACCGCCAAGACUGACAAGGCGUCCCUGCUGGCGGAAGUGAUCGAGCGCAUCAAGGAGCUCAAGCAGCAGGUCGCGGAGAUUUCCCAGUUUGGCCCCGUUCCCAGCGACGCCGACGAGCUCGACGUUGACGUGAUGGAAUCGCCGGUAGACGAGGGUGGGAAGGUGUUGAUCAAGGCCAGCAUUUGUUGCGCCGAUCGGCCCAGCCUGCUCACGGACCUCGUCCGGACGCUCAAGAGCUUGCACCUACGGACUGUCAAGGCGGAGAUGGCCACCAUGGAAGGCCGGACCAAGAACGUCUUUGUCAUGACCAUCAAGGACGAUGCCGAGCUGCUGGAGCCAACCUUGGCCUGCGUCGAGGAGGCGCUUAAGUCGGUCAUGGAAGAGCCAUCCUCGAAAGAGAACCAGGAUGAUGCUUGAAAAAAGGAACUCUUUUCUUUUCUUUGAUCUAAGAGCUUUUCGCAGCACCUGCAACAAAGGAAGCGUAAGUCAAUCGUCUGUAAACAGAAAAAAACCAAGGAACCUUUUAACCAUUGUGGGAGCAGGUGGUACUACGGAAAAUGAAAGAAUCUGUUAGAAAUCUUUGAUUUUCAAUGAAAUUAGAUGUGCUCUUUCAAUGAAUAAAUUAGAGCCUAUCACGUA